AAUCAAAGAAAAAAAGGGAAAUUCAUAGCGUUGAUACGUGGCGCGUACGAUAGCCAACGACUACACGAUUCUUCUCGACUUCUUCCACAAGCCAGGAACAUACCAAAUGACUCUCCCUCCUAACCCGAUCAUCAUCUACUUUUAUUCUUCAUCUUCUUUCUUUCUCGUUACACCUUCUCAUUGAUUACUGCUAUUAAAUUCACUCUUUAAGAGAAGGGUGAAGCUGUAGAGAUCUUUUGAUGUUGCAAUGCCUUUUACAACAUUAGCUUUAGAUAGGUUAAUUGAACCGAAAGAUUCGAAGCCGAUGGCACCAGGCAAGAGUGUAAGUGAUUCUAGGAUGGACAUUCAGAUUAACGGUUCUGAAAAACCACCGAAUAUAAGAAAUAAUACGAAAAAUAUAGAUAAAAGGCAUCAUUGGAACCAGAUUUCACCUGCUCUGUAUACUACCCCUGAACCGACCCCACUCCCAGAUGUCCCAUCAUCAUUUGCCUCAUCGCCAUAUGUUGUUAAUCACAAGCGACGGGGUCCACGUCUCUCCAAGGCUUUCUCCGAGGACGAUGCGGCUAUACGUCAAGCUUUAGCUGAUAAAACAACCAAUGACAGAGUGAGAAGUUUAGAAGCAGAAGAUAUUGAAUCUUGUAGGGUUGUCGAUGGCAUAGAUAAUGCUAACGAGUCUGUUGAAGACGCCGAUUCAAAUAUUGUGGUUAAUGGGGAUCUUGGGGAUGAGACCAUCAGUAACAACGAUGUGGUAGCUGGACAGGAUAAUCUGGAUGAUUUUUUUGACCCGCAAGAUUCAUUAAGUGUUAGCAGCAGCACCGAUCAGGGCAGCAGUUAUGGAGCGGUUCGUUCUUUGAAUCUCAACUCUUCGGUUUCUGAGUUUUAUGAUGCAUGGGAAGAAUUGUCAUCUGAGAGUGGGUCCCAGAUCCUUUCAAAUGAUGUCGAGGCUGAAUUGCGCGACAUACGACUGAGUUUAUUGACAGAGGUGGAUAAAAGAAAGCAAGCAGAAGACUGCAUAAACGACAUGAAAAGCCAAUGGAGGAGGGUUUGCCAACAGUUAUCUCUUGUUGGUCUAAAUCUUCCAGAAGAUCUUGUCAUGUUGAAGGACCAAUCUGAAGAUGAUCUUGAAAAAGAGUUAUCUCGUCAGAUUAAUGUUAUCCGCUUUGUGUCAAAUUCUAUAGGUAGGGGCGUUGCUAAGGCUGAGAUUGAGGCGGAGAUGGAAGUGCAGUUAGAGUCCAAGAACUUUGAGAUUGCUAGGUUAUUGGACAGGUUGCGGUAUUACGAAGCCGUCAAUCAUGAGAUGUCUCAAAGGAACCAAGAAACUAUUGUGAGACGUGCAAGGCAAGGAAGGAAAAGAAGACAAAGAUGGUUUUGGAGUUCAAUAGUUGCUGCAGUUACGAUUGGAAGUGCUGCAUUAGCAUGGUCCUACCUUCCAAGCAGAGAAGGUUCAUCUUUGACAGACCCGGACCCUCCUCCGUCGGAUACUUGUGAAGGCAGCAGCCAAUGAUCAGCCUAAUGACGAUCUUGUUGAAUCAGGUUUUGGGCAAGUCUAGAAAACCAUGAAAUCUGAAGAAUGCAAUAACACGAAUAGCAGCACUAUACUUACACGUAUGGUAUAGUUAUAUCUUAGAAUAAGUUUGGUCAACCUAUUUGAAUUUGUUCCUUGAUAUGUUCGUUUUUGGUUCCAAUGUAUCAUUGGAGAACUAUUGAUAUCCAUAAACAUGAGAUGGAGUCAUGUGACAUGAUUUGGGGAUAAAGGAUAUACAUAUUUCUUUGUUUUCAGCUGAAUAUAUAGAAGAAUUUACCUAA